CGCCGCUCGGUGCUCGCCGCGCUCGUCUUCUUCUGGCUGUCGUCCUCGCUGCUCUACUUCGUCUAUGUGGCGCCCGGCAGAGUGAACACCUACUUCUUCAUGAUGCAGGCUCAAGGCAUCCUGCUGCGGGACAACGUGAGGACAAUAGGAGCCCAGGUGUAUGAGCAGGUGGUUCGCAGUGCUUACGCCAAGAGAAACAGCAGCCUGAACGACUCAGAUUAUCCUCUUGACUUGAACCACAGCGAGUCCUUCCUCCAAACCACAACGUUCCUUCCCGAAGACUUCACCUACUUCGCGAACCGCCCCUGCCCAGAGCGGCUCCCUUCCAUGAAGGGCCCAAUAGACAUAAAUAUGAGUGAAAUCGGAAUGGAUGACAUCCAUGAACUCUUCUCCAGAGACCCAGCCAUCAAGCUUGGAGGGCACUGGAAGCCUUCGGAUUGCGUGCCUCGAUGGAAGGUGGCCAUCCUCAUCCCCUUCCGGAACCGUCAUGAGCACCUCCCGGUCCUGUUCAGACACCUGAUCCCCAUGCUCCAGCGGCAGCGCUUGCAGUUUGCAUUUUAUGUGGUUGAGCAAGUUGGUACUCAGCCCUUUAAUCGAGCCAUGCUUUUUAACGUUGGUUUUCAAGAAGCAAUGAAGGACUUAGAUUGGGACUGUCUGAUCUUCCAUGAUGUGGAUCACAUCCCAGAAAGUGAUCGCAACUAUUACGGGUGUGGACAGAUGCCCAGACACUUUGCAACUAAAUUGGAUAAGUAUAUGUAUCUGCUUCCUUAUGCUGAGUUCUUCGGUGGAGUGAGUGGCUUAACAGUGGAACAGUUUCGAAAAAUCAAUGGCUUUCCUAAUGCUUUCUGGGGCUGGGGCGGAGAAGACGAUGACCUCUGGAACAGGGUACAGAAUGCAGGCUAUUCUGUGAGCCGGCCCGAAGGAGACACAGGGAAAUACAAGUCCAUUCCUCAUCACCACAGAGGGGAAGUCCAGUUUCUUGGAAGGUACGCCCUGCUGAGGAAGUCCAAGGAGCGGCAGGGGCUGGACGGCCUCAACAACCUGAACUACUUCGCAAACAUCACGUACGACGCCUUGUAUAAGAACAUCACUGUCAACUUGACACCCGAGCUGGCUCAGGUGAACGAGUACUGAGGGGAGAGAAGCGCGAGGGCUUCGCCGCCACCACCACAGAACAAAGCUGGUGACCUGUCUGGGAGGGUCUCCACAGACUAGAAACACAGUCUCAUGAAGGACCACAGGGUUCCAGGGAAAACUUGUGACACAGUACACGCACAAACGCCUUCACUGUCGGACCUGCCGGGCCCGAGGGGUCAUCUCUGGAUGCUCCUCGUCAGCACUGGCUUUUUGUUUCCACGAGAUAGACGUCUGUCCUGCUGCGCUCUCCCCAUCUCCCACCUCGGCGCCCCAUCUUCACCACACUCUCCAGAACCCGUGACAGGCAGGAGCCGCCCCAGGCUGUCAUGGGCUGCCACUGCGAACGCCUUUGGAGCCCAGGGCAGUGCCAGCCCAGGCAGCUGCGCGCCAGGAACCGAUGGACUCCGCACCAUUCUUUGCAUCUCUGGUGUUCUCUUUGGUUUCAUUUUUUAAAAAAGUACCUGCUUUGGGUGG